AUGGUUUAUAAACGUAAAAAAUAUCAUAGAGGAGAUACACAUUUAAAGAAAAGUUGGCGAACUAAAAGAAGAACGAAAGAUUUAGACGAGGUAUAACCUAAUUUGUUAAAUCUAACCUAACUUAUCGUGUGUCACAUGGGUACAUAUGAUCGGCAAUUAUUAUCCGAUAUUCUUUAUUUUAGAUUAAUGAAGAUUUGAAUGAUAAAAAUGUAGAAAAACUGCUAAAUCAAGAAGUAGACUUGGAUAAACCAGGAGCAGGUCAAUACUAUUGUAUUCAUUGCGCAAGAUAUUUUAUAAAUGAUACUGCUUUAAGUGAUCAUUUUACGACAAAAGUUCAUAAACGCAGAUUGAAAGCUCUUGAAUUAGAACCAUAUUCUAUCGAGGAAUCAGAGAAAGCAGCUGGUAAAGGAAAUUACAUUGCACCACAAAAAAGAAAAAUCGAUACAAUAAGUCGAGACAAUUAUAACGUGAAUGUCGAAACAGAUAAUUCAUCAAAAGCUAAACUAGCAAAGAUGGAUGCAUAAAAAUUAAGUUUUUUAAGAAACAAAAUUUGUUUUUGAAUUGAAAAAUUCGCACAGGCGCAAGUAAUUAUAAAAAAAUUGAUAAAUAUUUAAAAUGGCAAAUUGUGUACUACAUUUUAUAAGGAAAUGUACAACUCAUAAAACACAUAAUACUUCAAAAUUUGUCAAUGUGCUAUUGACUUUUAAAAGACAAUAUACUUCCGCUUUGUUUAUUUCAAAUGUCAAAGGCAAAGAAUAUUAUUCAUUUUUACACCCAUAUAUAGAUUUCGAUGAAAGAUUAACAAAUCUUGAAAAACUACAGCAAGACUUAACAAGACGGGGAUUGAAUUUGGACGUUAAAGAUGUUAAAAGUAUGUGGGAAUUUUACAAAUCUGUACACGUAAAUAAAUCUAAAUUAGAAUUGAGAAGUCAGGAGAUAUCAGACAAAUUGGUUCCUUUGUUCAAAAAGGAAAAUUUAACUACAAACGAACAAGCGGAAUUUACGAAAUUAAAAUUGCAAAUCUCGGUGAUAAAGUAUGACUUAAAAAUGAUUAAAGAUACUCUUCAGGAACUGAACGAAAGUAUUUUGGUAAAAAUGUUCCAAUUACCGAAUGAAUUGGAUGGGAAAACGCCUAUCCAAGGUCCUGUUGUAUUAAAACGUGUUAAUUCCUUAAAUGAACCUCCACACUCUGAUAAGAAGAAUCACAUCGAAAUUGGGAAACGUCUUGGUUUAUUGGAAUAUAGAAACCCAAUGCAAUAUUAUCUAUGUAACGAUGCAGCUCUUUUUGAACUUGGUGUAUUAAGUUAUGCUGGGAAAAUAUUCAGCGCGGAUAAUAUGAUUAGAGUGGCCGGUGCAGAUUUUAGCCGUAGCUUAGUAAUAGACGGCUCUGGUCUUAAUCAUGAAGAUCCUGCCGAUGCUUUUAUAAUAGACAAUCAUUCCGAUGUAGAUAAGGAUUGCCCAAAUCGUAUGCACCUUGUUGGAGGUGCAAGUCUAAUUUCAUUUUUGGCAAUGCAUGCAAAACAAUUAAUAAAUCCAACUCAUUUUCCAGUAGCAUAUUUUUCCACUGGGAGGCAGUAUACUCCGUUUCGAUCAGGUUCUAACCCAAUUGGUUUGUUCACUGUUUGCCAAGCUUCAGCUGCGCUUGCAUUUAUAUUAGUCAAAGACGGAAAAACUAAAGAGUACAAUGAACAAUUUGAAAGAUUAUUAAACACUGUGUGUAAAUUAUAUGACAAUAUAUGCGAUCAUUAUCAAAUUGUGCUACGGUCUUCUUCAGAAUUGCGACCUUGGGAAUCAAUGCGUGUAUCCUUUGAAUUGUGGUCACCUUUCUCGAAACAAUAUAUCGAAGUUGGCCAUAUAUCUGCGUACGGUGAAUAUUUUAGUAAAAGAUUACUGAUUGGAUAUAAAUCGACAAAUGAAUUAGCCUUCCCUUCUGUGAUAUCUGGCACUGUAUUGUCGGUACCACGUCUUCUAGGAUGCUUGUUGGAACAAAAUCCUGAUAAAUUUGUUAUUCCACAGAAAAUCUUAGAGUAUACGCCCAUAGAGAAUACUUCUCUUUAAGUUUAAAAAAUGGGAUUCCAAAUACUUGUUUUUUGCACUAUAGUUUGUACAUACUUUUCGAUGUAUGUAUUUUGAUUUUAUUCGUAUAUAUGUAGUAUUUCGUGUAUAUAUUUUGUCAAAAUAAAUAUAGAUAAAAAAUAGAUUUUUAUUUUUUUUUCAAUACCUAAUAAAAUCA